UGUGUGGUAUGUUUCAAAGAGCUACUAGCCCAGCAUGGGUGGAUAGGAGUGGAAGAUUCAAAGACUGUUUCCCUAAGUGACAGUUACGUUUUGGGUAAAGGGUGGAGCGAGCAUCCUCUCACCGUCCCACCUCUCUUUCCCUCUUUGGGCCUGGUGCAGGUGCAUGUUGCAUGAGCCGAGGGCGGAAGUUUCCCACGCCCCCCCAGAGAAGGUUAGUGGGCUCUGCCCCAAGCUUCCUAAUUCAGGACUUUGGUUUCCCGCAGAGGAGAAAUAUGACAGGGAGCAGGCUUGGUCCCCGCUCUGGCGCUCUGCCUCUCCUCGUGCUCGUGGCCUCUCCCAGCCUGGUGCUAAGCAGUGUCAUGAGUCCGGACCAGAUUGGAGAUUAAUUCUUGGGGAUGGGGGCACUUCAGGGCUGGGAAGGAGGAGGAGUGGCAGGUCCAAGGUCACCAACAGAGAGGGGCAGCUGCUGUCAUUGACAUAUCCCUCCUCCUGACAGAGGCGGUCAGGCACCCCCCCGGCUGGGGGCCGCAGCAGGCCUGGCCUGUGCCAAGCAUUGGCUUUGACUGCCAGGCUCCAGCUUCCCUGGCUCCUCCCAGCCUCUCCCCUAACACCCCCCCGACACACUUAAUACCUCUGGGACCCAGGCCACCCAAAGACUGGGAGCAAAGUCUCUCAAACAGAGCACGAGAAGGAGCUUCGGGCACUGUACUGCCUGCUAGCUUUCCCCAGAGGAGGUAAGCAGGGUCCUGGGAGCUGGGUGCUCUGAUAUGGCACGUGUUGAUAAGUCGAAGCCAGAAGCUUUUCAUGCGCUUCCUCACACUUGAUCGCCCUUGACCCUCCACAGCUCCCAGCUGGGCCACGGCUGGUGUCGGCCCCGCUGGUAGAAUAGAAAACAGGUUCAGAGAUGCGGUUCAGCAUCACACAGUAAGUUUGGGGCCAACAGGGCUGAAGUGCUCUGUGCCCUGUAUGUGUUUCCAAAAAUAAGGCCCAGUUUACAUGGAGAGAAUUCAGAUGUCGCUGGCUGAGCAGGAGAGCUGAAAGCCAGCCAGAUUCCUCUGCUCGCGUGUGUGCCAGAGUCUGCACCCUGGCCCCGGCCUCUCAGGCUCUAGUUAAGGUAGCCCCCGAUACAGGGUCUGCCUGGAUCUUUGCUUGGCUUAAAUGAGCCAGAAUUUGCCAGUUCCCUGCCAAGCAGAGAACUUCUCAGUCUGCUCAGAGCGGACUACCAGCUAGGGAGGAUAACAGGGGCAAGGGUUUCCAAGCCCGAGUAAACCAGACAAGUUCUCCCGCCCAGCCUCGGCUGCCACCUGCAGGUCGCUUGGGCUCUGGCCAUGUGGCUGCCCCUGCUGCUGGGAGUCUUGCUCUGGGCAGCGCUGUGGUUGCUCAGGGACCGGCAGAGCCUGCCCGCCAGCGACGCCUUUGUCUUCAUCACUGGCUGUGACUCAGGCUUCGGCCGGCUUCUGGCCCUGAGACUGGACCAGAGAGGCUUCCGAGUCCUGGCCAGCUGCCUGACCCCCUCAGGGGCAGAGGACCUACAGCGGGUGGCCUCCUCCCGCCUCCACACCACCCUGCUGGAUGUCACGGAUCCCCAGAGUGUCCAGCGAGCAGCCAAGUGGGUGGAAACACAGGUUGGAGAAACAGGGCUUUUUGGUCUAGUGAAUAACGCUGGUGUGGCUGGGAUCAUUGGGCCCACCCUGUGGCUCACGCAAAACGAUUUCCAUCGGGUGCUCAACGUGAAUACACUGGGUCCCAUCGGUGUCACCCUUGCCCUACUGCCACUGCUGCAGCAGGCCCGGGGCCGGGUGGUCAACAUCACCAGUGUUCUGGGUCGCCUGGCAGCCAAUGGCGGGGGCUACUGUGUUUCCAAGUUUGGCCUGGAGGCCUUCUCUGACUGUCUGAGGCGGGAUGUAGCUCAUUUUGGGGUCCGAGUCUCCAUCGUGGAGCCUGGCUUCUUCCGAACCCCUGUGACAAAUCUCAAGAGUUUGGAGGAUACGCUGCAGGAGUGCUGGGCACGGCUACCUUCUGCCACACAGGCCCGCUAUGGGGAGGCCUUCCUCACCAAAUACUUGGAAGUACAGCAGCGCAUCAUGAACCUGAUCUGUGAUCCAGACCUGACCAAGGUGAGCAGGUGCCUGGAGCAUGCCCUCACUGCUCGUUACCCCAGAACCCGUUACAGCCCAGGCUGGGACGCCAAGCUGCUCUGGCUGCCAGCCUCCUACCUGCCAGCCAGCCUGGUGGAUGCUGUGCUCACCUGGCUCCUUCCCAAGCCUGCCCAGGCAGUCUGCUGAAUCCAGCCUGCCAGCCUUCUGUCCCCACCCAGGUACUGCCUAAUGCCUGGCAUAAAAUAUGCACUGAAUAAAUGUCUUGCUUAAAAAACAAAUAAAAGACACUGUAGAUGGGCAGAAA